AUGACUGGAAAAGACAAAGGAUCAACAUCUUUAGUAAGGAAAAGUGCCAGUGAACUAGAAUCACGUCUUGUUGCUACUCCAAAAAAUAUUAUAGCUGCAUUGCCGACAAAACACAUUACAAAAAUUGCCCCUGCAAAUGUAGGUGACGACAACCAAGUCGAUAAAGAAACGACCAAGUACUCAAAUAGAGCACAAGAGGCAAAAGCACACUUGGUUAGAAUAUGUUCACGUAACUUAAAGACAGAAAUAAAAGACGGAAUAAUAGAAGCGGCAGACAAAUUAUAUGAUAUGACAAAAAAUGUGGAACAAGGAAAAGGCUAUAUUAUAGAAACAGAAAAGUCAGAAGUAAUAAAAGAAGUAUGUGAAUCUACCAUUCCAAAAAUGAAAAAUCAAAAUAAACUUACCUUGCCGUGGUGGAAUGAUGAGCUUGUUUUGCUUAAGAAGGACGUCACUACAAAAAAGCGCCGUAUAAGAUGUGCUGCUCCCGUACGAAAAGACGACGACGUUGCGGCUAAACGUAGUGAUUAUUUUCUCUUUGGUUGCUUCGUAUUUUGA